CAUUUAUAUAUUGUGUUCAAUAUUUUCGUACAAAAAUAAUCGAUUUAAUGGCCGUAUUUUAAUCCGAUCUUUUAUCGGAGUUGAUACGUUUAAAGAAUACGUACUAAUCUACCUAAAAACAUGAAUUUCUCGGACGAAUUCAAGCAAAAUAACUAUCUAAGUCGAUUCUCACCAAAUGGUCUAUACAUUGUAAGUAUUAAUUUCAUGUAUUAAAAUGGUAUUCAAUUGUUAAAUGUAUUAUUUCGCUUUAAUAGUACCCUGUGAUUUGAUAUUGAUUUACUGUAAAUGUUGAAACAAGGAUUUUUUUACAUUUACUGCACUGGUAUUAACAAUACACACACCAUCAAAAAUAUGAUAAUUUUUGUUGUCAAAUACUGAACUACGUACAUCCAAUCGGAGUAUACCAUACCUUCAAACACUCAUUAAUAAUUCAUAAGCUAAUUGGAAAAUCAUGUCAACUAUAAUAUGUCAUGUGCAGUGGCUUUAAACCUGAUAAAACACUCCUAAUUAGUAUUCUUUAUAUAAAGAAUACUAAUAAGGCAGUAUCUAUUGUUGUCGUGUCCUCAUUAGUAUUUUUUAUAUAAAGAAUACUAAUAGGCAGUAUAUCUAUUGAAUUUGUAGUCGUGUUUGAAGCCGUUUAAUAAACUCGCAGGUCGUGUUUUAUUACAUCUAAAGCCACUCGCGCUGCGCGCUCGUGUCUUUAAACAUAAUAAACCACUCCUGCUCGUUUAUUAAACAGCUAGUACAUAGAAUAUCGCAAAUUAGUUGGGUACAGUACAUUAAUUGAUGUGCCCUACUUUAUUAUUUUAUUCUGUCUAACACCAGAUGAUUUUACUUGUCAAGGGACGAGUGCUGCCACUAUUGAUAGCAGAAGCUUGUCUUCUGAAAGGGUAAUUACCCUGUUGAAAUAAAGGUUUUAUUAACAUUACAGUACGUACAUUACCCUCAAUGGGUAAAUUAACAACGAUGCAUUCCCACUUAAAGGGUAAUAACAGGAUGCAUUGUCAGAUAGUCUGAUUAACCCAUUGAGUGGCAGCACUCUCUGCUUGACGAGUCAAAUCUUCUGGCAUUAGACAAAGUAAAAUAAUGAAGUACUGGGCACAUCAGUGCACAUUGUCUCAUAAAGGAUUAAUUUUGUUUCAAUUUCCAGGCAAAUUGUGUGCAGUACAGGCUGAUAGUCAGAGACAUAAAAAAUCUACAAAUUGUUCAUCUGUUCACAAACAUGGAUGCUGUCCAAUACAUGGAGGUAUACAUAUAUGUAUUAAGGUUAUAUGUUGAUUUACAGAAGUGCUCAUCUACGUUAGGAUUUUUGCCAUAUUACCCCAUGAUUAUCAGGGUGUCAGCCAGCUAGAAGCCCCGGGAAACAAUCAGCAAUUUAACGCAUUAAGCCAGAGCUUCCCCAUUGACGGGUAAAAUCGUCUGGCGUUAGACAAGUAAAAAAAAAAGUAGGCCGCACUGGCAGCGCAUUGGGGGUCAAUGAGUUAAUGAAAUUGCAAAGUCUUGAGACAUUCAAGCCCAAGUUAAAAUAGAAUUAACUUUAGUUAUAUGAUAAUCAUGAUAUGAUGUAUUUGUGUAGUGGUCGCCAGAUUCUGGUUAUAUUCUGUGUGGAAUGUACAAAAGAGGUCUAAUACAGGUAUGGUCCCCUUGAUAAAUAAAAUGCAAUGUUCUGCUGCCAAACGUGCAGUUGCACUCAAUAAUAAAAAUAACAUGAUAGAGUGCGUUUAGUGCUUAUAGCAGCUAUCAAAGUUAAGUGUUAAAGAGGUCCGGAAUUAGGGCAAUGUUUCAUGGUGGGUUAACAUUAGAGAUAUAAACUCGAACGGUGUGCACCAGCGUAAGUAGUGACAGAAACACCAGGAUUGAGAGAGAUUCAAUUACUUGAAUAAUACAAGUAGAAAUUCAAUGUUUCAGUUGAAGGCCUUUGUCGGGCAGUCCUUUGCUCGAAAUGCCAAAGUUUUACUUCACCAGUCUGGAAAGUUAACUUUUUGCACGCCGGACAUCGAUUCAGGCACAUAUGUAACUGUACGCCAAUUUUGGAAAUAUAAAUGUGCAAAAGUUCCAAAUACACCUUUUUAGUAUAAACUUAUUUGGUCCAUAUUUGUUGAAUUUGAACAAUUACUAGGUAAGUCUAUAUGUAAACAAAUGUAUGCCAUUAUGUACGCCGAAAUUUGUGUUUGUACACCGGACAAGUCCGGCAUACACACUUUACAUUCCAGUCUGGAUUUUUCAGGUAGUUGAAUUACUAUCAAUCUUGCAGUUUGUAACAUAAUUAGAGACUUCUCAAUUACGGAUAAAACCGUAAAAUAAUCUGGCAUACUAAAUAUCUCAAAGUAAAGUGAUCAAUUAAUUAAUUAUCAAUAAAUCAUAUUUCUUGCUGCACUGUUAUCUAUAAGUUUGGCCAGUAAUAUUUCUACCUGUGCAGCUAUAUAGGUUUUGUUACUAAAUAUUUUUUUGCUAUGUUAUUAAGGUGUGGUCGUUAAAUGAUCCUGACUGGAGGUGUAAGAUAGAUGAAGGCUUGGCAGGGCUUGAAUCUGUCAGAUGGAGUCCUGACUCCAGACAUGUUCUUUCCACAGCAGAAUUUCAGGUUAUAAUCCCCGCGCGAAGCGCUGAUAACAGUUUCUGUUGAAAAAUCUUUUUUUAACAUAGCAAUGCAAUAUAAAAUAUAAAAUAUAAAAUAAUGCAAAAUUGUGGAGAUUAUAUAGUUUCACCAAAACAUUAGGUAUACGCAUUGCAAUGUGGGCCAAAUAUUGGCAGUGACGUGACGUAAGGACUUCUAGAGUGAAUUGUGGGUCGUCAUUAAAGAUAUACAUUCAUUCCAGAUCAGAAUAACUCUGUGGUCCUUGAUUGACAAGUCUGUUUCAUACUUUGAACAUCCUAAACAUGCUAACCGAGGUAUGUUUGUUAAUAUGUGCUCUAUAUAUAUUUUCUCCUUAUUUCAUUCAUUUCCAUACCCUGACAUUUUCUACCUUACAUACGUAAAAACCCGGGAUUAGAAUUCGCAAGGUACCAAUUUCGCUCAGUCUUAAUUUGAUUUUGCGCACCCUAGAUGUGAUAUUUUAGCGCAGUUUUGAUUUUGCGCACCUUAAAACGGUACAAAUCUAGAUGUAUUACUAAGCCUACGUUACUUCACGCUGUACUGGAUAGCUUUUCGUAGCGACGUGAAAAGACUACCUAUAUGUACCCUUUUAGGAACACUAUUUUUAGAGGAAUUAUUGCAACGGAGAGAUGUUAAUUGUUUCGCUCAGCUUCUGAAAAUUGAACAUUCCAAAAUGAUUUAAUUUGUGAAACACAAUAUAAUGAUUGAUCAAUACUUUGAUAUUAUGCAUAUUCCGCCAUAUUGUACUAUAAUUCCGGUGGCAGCUACAUGCAUAUGUUAUGAAUCAAUGUUAUCUCUGGAUCAUGGACGGAUUUCGAGGGGAGGUGUGGACCUCCCCUGAGAAUUUUUGCACCUCCCCUGAAAAGUCGUGCACCUCCCCCCCCCCCUGGAAAAUUAGGUUUACUGAUAGUGAUAGAAGUGAAAAUUUUACAUUUCUGGUUGCUUUGGGUCUACACUUCGUAAGAAAAUGUUUCUGUAAAAUUGAAACAGUGUUAGCCAUUCAUCUCUGUGCCAACUACCCUUUUAAUGCAAUGUUUCGAAAGAAACAUUGUAGCAAUUGUAAUGAAGGGCAAAAUUGGAUGAGUCGCGUACAGUCAUAAUUAAUUAAUACACUGAUACAUAUGUACACUACAUGCAUACGUCACGUCGUUGACUUUGGUCCGUUCUACAGUAAAGCCUGGUUCACAUAAAAUCGUUAAGCAGUCGCGGACAGUCGCAGACAUGUGCCGAAUUUUUAUUUGAACACAAAUGCAGAUUCGCACAGACUGUCUGAGACCAGAUCGGCGACGAAUCGGGAAAGUUGAACUUGAUUCAACUUUCCCGAUCCGUCGCAGAUCGUUCAUAUAAAAAUUCUCUCCAUGGGGUUCGUGAGCUAGACCGCUGCACCUCCCCUAAAUUUUUUCCCACCUCCCCCACUACUUCCACCAAAAUCGGCGGGUCUUGUUCCGGAUUAAUGUUAUUAAUGUUAUCUCUGGAUUAGGUUUGGAUUUCUCUAAAGAUGGCCGUUAUAUGGCCCUGGCAGAAAGACGAAACUGUAAAGAUUUUAUUAGUAUAUUUGUUUGCGAGGCGUGGAAAAUGCUACAGGUUGACAUUCAUUUAUAUAUAAAAGUUACAUAAAACAAUUUGACAUUAGUUAUUAUUGACAGGUACGACAUUGAAUUGAGACCAGAAAAAAGUGUUGGCCAACUUGGGUUGUUAUGACAAAGUAUUGAAAAAAGUUAAUAACGAUUAUUAAAAAGUGUGUCCUAUACGGCAAUAAAAAUGAAGUUUGUUUUAAUUGAAAGAAAUUAUACAUGAAAACCCUUUACAACUUUUCCGUAACUUGAUGGCAUUCCGCAUUCGAAAGAUUUGGACCAAAAACAGUAGCAAUCCGCUAUUUUGGUAUGCAUGACGUCACAACUGGGGUAUAAAGAGGUUUUUUAUUCGGCCAACCACAUUUUAAUGAGUCUGAAACUCGAUUUUUUAGGUUUUGAGACAAGCUUAACUUUAUUAAAUUAUAAAGUAUCAUUAUAACCCUUUAAAAGUAUAUGUGCUCUAUGACAAAGUUUAAUUGAAAAUAAGUAUAAAGUUUCAUUCAAUUAAUGUUGCAUAGCAUUUUGAAGUCCAGACGCAAGAUCUCAGUGACAUUGCCUGGUCUCCUGAUGGCAGAGCAUUGUGUGUCUGGGACCACAUGGUUUACGUGAGUGAAAAUAAAAUACUCGAUACUCUACUCUAAACAGGUCUACUAAACUAAAGACCAACCCAUCACCACAGAACGAAAUCUAAACUACAUUAUGCCAACUUAAUUUGUACUAGAUAGCUCGUUCUGCACGAUAGCUGUAUAAACUUCGCUCUUUAACUUGCUUGCAGAAUAAAGUAUGUUUGUAUUCAAUGGAUGGAAGGUGUAUGUCCACCUAUGACCCGCCAUGUUUUGGUCUUGGUGUCAAGACGGUCACAUGGUCACCGACCAGUCAAUUUCUGGCGAUUGGCAGUUAUGAUGAAAAAGUGAGCUUAACAUCAUUUAUACUGGAUAGAUCUAAUUUCUAAAUUGUUUUUCCAAGAGGUCCUGUAAGGAGCAUCGUCCUUGGUCUACAACAAGUCUUAAUAUGUAUACCAAAUAGCUCUAUUAAUUCUAAACUAUGCUUCAGUCAGCAAGUCCAGUAAGGAACGUUUUUCAUUGGUCAGUGUUGCAACAGGAUGAAAUUGAACUACAUUAACUUUACAUGUCUUUCAAUUUUCAACUGUUCACUAAGAAAUACAGUGUGGACAAGCCUUAAAAUAUCUUUUACAGGGCCGUCCGACAAAAUGUCUGAUGACAAAAUGUCCGACAAAAUGUCCGACAAAAUGUCCGACAUGUGUAUGAUAACUUCAGUUCAGUUUGGGUCGGAAAUAAGUCUGAAUGACGCUAAUUAAUACCAGCACAAUAUAUUUAUUCAGAACUAAAUGUUGUGAAGAUAUUAAAUAAUUUGUGUCAUUCAUACUUAUUUCCAAGCCAAGAUUAACUUGCUAGUGCCAAUAAUAGCAGUACGACUUCAACAACUUAAUUAUAAGCCCGUUUUCCACUUCAACAUUUCGCUCGCCGCUCCGGCGGUGACAUUAUUAAAAACAACAUUUCCGGUUUAUUUUUGUACAAUACUCUGGUUCUCCAUUAUAACAUACGAGCCUCUAGUCCUGGACUAGGGUACAUUUUGAUUUACGUGCGUGGAGAAACCGUCGGACAAAGCUACAGUUCGGUUGGAUACCAAUUCACUCGGGUCGGACAAACAAUAAACCUCAGUUUCACGUAGGUCGGACAGAAUGUCCGGUGGUUUCCUCUCUACAUCGGACAUGGGUCGGACAAUGUCCGUGACCGAUCGAUACUUUAAGGCCUGAGUGUGGAUAUCAUUCCUCGUUGGUCAAUGUUCCAUGUAACAGGACGAAACUUAAACUAAAUUUCGGUAUGCUUGAUAGCUCUAUCAAUUAUAAACUGUUCUUCCAAGUGGUUCGGUGAGAGACAUCGCUCGUUGGCUGAUGUUGGUCAAUGGUCAGGUCAAACGAAAGUUACUUUAUGUAUACUGGCUACCCCUAUCAGUACCAAACUGUUCUCCCUAGAAAUCCAGUGACAGUCAUCCAUUGUUCAUUCAGUGUUAUACUUAUCACUAAUUUUCCCGCAUCUUUCCAGUGUCGUGUGUUUAAUCAUCUCACAUGGAAAACAGUCGCAAAACACAUGCACCCACAGCUGGUAGAGAAGAGCGAUGUGGUAAGUGUAUAAUCAGUAUUUUCCCUCAAUUUUUUUCCCUCAAUUUAUUUAGCAAAAUUUCCUGUUGGUUCAGUGUUACUACAGGAGAAAACCCAAACUUAACAAGGACACUCCAGUGGUCCUGUAAGGAUCAUCUCUUAUCGGUCCAGUGUGUAAAAAAGCGAGACCUUUAGAAAUCAAGUUAUAUUGUUGGAAUUUGAAUGCAUAGCUCUAUUAGCUAAGGCUGGACCCACGCGCGGGUGCGUAAAACAGGAUAGAAGCAUGAUUUUAUGCAUGACGAUCGAAGAUAUUUAAAACUUUAAUUUGGUUUCGUCCAACAUAUGAAUUAUGUGCUGAUUAUUAGUUCAUUAAGCAGAAAGACGAAACUGUAAAGAUUUUAUUAGUAUAUUUGUUUGCGAGGCGUGGAAAAUGCUACAGGUUGACAUUCAUUUAUAUAUAAAAGUUGUAUAAAACAUUUCGACAUUAGCUAUUAUUCACAGGUACGACAUUGAAUUGAGGCCAGAAAAAAGUGGUCCAUCCUCGAUUUCGUUCUGCGCAGGCCUACAUUCCAAUGGUCGGGACCUGACCAUUGGAAUGUUAGUCUGUAUUCAUUUACAAGCAUAGCGAAGCACAAGAGUGUUAAAAAUUCAGUAUAACAUAUAUCUAAUCAUAUUUUACAACUGUAGCACUGAGUUCAAAAUGUAAACAAAACGUUUGCUUACAUUACGGACUUUACAGCAUCUUUAAAUUUUAAUGGCAAUAUAUAGCUUAAUGUUUACCCUAUAGCCAAUGUUUUCAGUUAUAUUUGUAUCAUUCCCUGACAUCACCGCGAAUUCUACGCAAUGUAAAGCAGAACUCCAACUUCAGCCACAGAGAAAGAGCACAUAUACUGUUCAGUUUAUAUAUUAGCCAUUGUUGUUUUUUUUGUAGAUUGUUUAUAAAGAAGUAGAGAAGAAGCCGUCAUUUUUGAAAGGAGAAGCUUUGCCCACAUAUGGCAAUUAUACAGUCUCUACUAAAUGUAAGCUGACUCAAAACAUAUAUUGUUUUGUUUGGCAGUAAUUUUUGGAAAAGGAUGACCGGAUAGAGCAUUUUAAGCUAUUUUAAAUACUAUCCAGCUCAAUAAUACUGUGGUCUUGUUUGUUUCUGCUAGAUGAAGUAAAAGAGGCACCGGUUCAAAUUCCGCUGGUCAAACCAGAUCCUGAGAAGCCCAAUCCGAAAAUGGGCGUUGGUCACGUGUCAUUCAGCAGCAAUUGUCGCUUUAUGGCCACGAAAAAUGGUAUGUUUUGCAUUUUAUAUUGUCAACAUAUAUUGCCACUACGAUUAGCAUUUCCAUAGCGCAGAUUUACAUGUUGAUAUAUGAUCAUGGAUAAUAAAAUAAAUGGAUAGGAAACUAGCUGACGUGACCUAAUGUUUUCAAUGGGAUGAUGGCGUGGUUGGAUGUUCAAACCUAGUUGCAAACCAAAUUCUCAAAAACGGCAUGUUUAGCAAUAAUACAGCUAAACAUUUUAGUCAAAGAGCAAAUAAAUAUAACUACGCCAUUCUACGAUGAAAUCUCUAAGUAUUUCCAGUCAAUUUUAGCAAAUAUUUCAAGCACUAAACAGUGACACUAAACAGUGCCAAUUGCGUAGCUAAAAAUACAAAACAAAGACGAAAAACAUUUACCUUGAAUACUUUGUCGUAGCUUAGGCAUGUUUUUAAAACAAUUAGACCAGCUUAUGCUUCAAUAUUACUCUUUUAAAGCGGAAAUAUAGCGAAACAACAAAAAAGCCGAGAACUUUGGCAAUACGCGUGACGUCACAGAUUGCAACUAGGUUUAGACUGUGACGUCAGCUAGAGUCCUAUCCAUUUAUUUUAUUAUCCAUGAUAUGAUCAAAUGCGGUUUUCACCAAGUAUUACGUUUACCAUACAGCGACAACAUUACUACAUAUAUCGGCGGCGAAUUUGCUUAAAUAACUAAAAAAAAAGUUAAUAAACCAGUUUUUACAAAUAUGUGUGCAUAUAAAUAAACUCAAUUCCAUGUCUGUUUAAAGAAAAUUUGACCUAAUUUUAACGCAAAAAUUAAUAUUACUAACUUCUAGGCUGUUGCAAACAAAUAAAUUUCGCGAAGACAAGUUUUCCCGCACUUUUAUAAUUUUAAACAAAACUGGUAGGAAAAAAUGUAUUAAUGUCCCAAAUUCUUUUCAUUAUUCUGCCAUAUCGUUUGUCGUAUGUUUGAAAUUGACAAAACAUCUGAAAAGGGUUGAAAAACCAUGAAAAAAGCCACAAUUCGCAACUGUCCAAUAGGUUCCUGUCCAAUAUCGUAAUAUAUUGAAUCGGCACGUGACCCUCUCAACGAUCACUGAUUGGUUAAGUGCGCGUGAGUCAGGUAUAAUAAUGUUCAAUAUCGGUUGACAACUGUGAACAAUAUGUGGGCAGCAAAACAUUGUUCAAUCCUGUUUUCAUCAACUAUUGCAACAACCUGAUCGUUUUUAGCCGUGUUUAGACUAUUUUAUCUUUACAACAAUUGUGAUAUUUAUUUUCUUAACUGUGUUUAUCCUAACCCACCCUGUCGGCUUUUCCUGUGGGAGGAAACUGGAGAACCCGGAGACAACCCACGACUUUCGGCAGAGCGUUGACCGACCUUUUCACAUGAGUUCAUAGCGAAAAUCGAACCCACGUAGGCACGUGUAUACUCGAAGUGAAAGGCGCUUCCUCUGAUGACUAUGGCGAUAUUAUAUAUAGAAUUUACGUGGGGGAAAUGCUAAUAUGUUACCAUGCAAGGGAGGUUUAUAUAACCGUGCUUGCCUAAUAAGGCGGACCUCGAGAAGAACCAUGUUAUAACUUUAUAUUUGUUUCCUUAUGCAUAUUGAAAACCUUCGUAAGUUUAGAGAGAUUUUUGUGCAUGUAUGUAUAGGCCAAAUUUAAAAGUAUGUUAUUUUGAUGACUUAGGCUAAUUCCUUAAUGUCAACAUAAUCGUUGGCUCGAAAAAGCGUCCCAGUAAUUAGCGUAGGUGUUUGAAAACUGCUUGCUGAAGUGUUGUUUUAUGAUUCAAAUUAUUUCACUAAUUUACUCCGACAAAGGCGACACUUGAAAAUAAAUUUGGCCAUAAAAGUUUUACCGCCCGCGAACUAAUUGCAAAUUUGUUUCUAGCCUGCCGGGCAGGAAAAAUAACCUCAUCCUUUUUCGGUAAAUUAUUUAAAUGUUGUAGUAUGUAUUUUGCUCUUUCUACCCGAGAAAAGCAGUAAAUUACAAUUAACUUCAGUUAUUAAUGUGUUUCAUUCUGAGUUGCAAGCAUGGGGGCUGGUUAUAUGGGACGAGCCAGUCCGGGUACCCGAGCUGGCUCGCCUAAGCGGGCCGAGUGUUAUUGCUCUGUUCAUGCGAAUAUAUUUUUGUAAAUACGAUUUUCUCGACCAAUUUCGAUCUUAAAAGGUCUCUGUGAAUUAUUCUGUGGAUUAUAACCGUGAAAGUCGCUCGCCAAAGUGCGAAUUUCAGAUUCAUGAGAAAUCAUAUUUAUAUUAUACUAUUCAUAGCGGUGAGCCCUGUGGUUUGUAAACACGGUGUAAAAUUGGUCCCGGCAAAGCGAGCUAGCUUGAGUACCUAA